GAAAAAAAGGGAAAACCUUGUAAAAACAAAGUAAAAAAGGGAUUUAUUUUCCCAGCCCCGGGAAAAAAUGGUGGAGAACGGUCACGUCCGGUGCGUGCGUGUGUAUGUUUUAUGUGGGGGGGAGGGUGUGCGAGCUUUAUAAAAAGGCCUAAAGUUUUUCAUUCUCUCUCUCUAAUUUUUUCUUUUUCAUCUUUUUACCACUUUUUUCCCACAUCUUUUCUUUUUUUAUUUUAUAUAUAUUAAAUUAAAAAUCAUGACUGAAGCUCAAACCGUCGCUGUUAACAAAAUCGUUGAUGCAUUUACCGUGUCUGAUGAUCGCUUAUCCAAAAUUGUUCAACAAUUUGUUAUUGAAAUGGAAAAGGGUUUAGACCAUCAGGGUGCUACCAUUGCCAUGAUUCCAUCUUUUGUCGCUGGUCGUUGUACAGGUGAUGAAAAGGGUUCUUUCAUGGCUCUUGAUUUGGGUGGAACCAAUUUACGUGUCUGUCACGUCACUUUAUUAGGCGCUGGUGAACACACCAUUCGUCAACAAAAAUACAUUGUCUCUGAAGAAUUAAAGACCGGCCCUAUGCGUCACUUGUGUGAUUUCAUUGCUGACUGUGUCGACAGUUUCUUGACCGAAAAUGGUACUAGUGAAUCUCAUGAAGUCAUCCAACUAGGUUACACAUUUUCUUUCCCUGUUCUCCAAACUUCCAUCAACCGCGGUGUCUUAAAGCAAUGGACUAAAGGCUUUAACUGUUCCGGUGCCGUCGGUAAAGACGUCACCAUUCUUUUGCAAGACUCCUUCCGUCGCAAGAACAUCAAUGUCAACAUUGCUGCUAUUGUCAAUGAUACCGUCGGUACUUUGAUGGCAUAUGCCUAUAAGCAUCCUGAAACCACCAUGGGUGUCAUUAUGGGUACAGGUUUCAACGCCUCUUAUUACGAAGAUAUGAGCAAGGUCAAGAAAUGGACAGGUAAUAAGGAUGAGGAAAUGGUUAUCAAUAUGGAAUGUGGUGCAUUUGAUUGUGAGCGUCGCGUUCUCCCCAUGAACGUUUAUGACAACAAGAUGGAUCGUGAAUCUAUCAAUGUCCAUCAACAACUCUAUGAAAAGAUGGUAGCUGGUAUGUAUCUCGGUGAGAUUACACGUAAUGCCAUGCUUGAUUUGAUUGAUCAACAAUUCUUAUUCAACGGUGAAUCCUCCAAUGACUUGAACAAGAACUGGAGCUUUGAAACUGCCUACAUGUCCACCAUCGAAGUAGAUGAAUCGGAUGAUUUAAGUGAUACGGGACAUAUUUUGGAGUCUGUCUUGAGUAUUCCUAGCACUACUUUGGUAGAUCGUCAAAUUGUCAAGAGACUCUGUAACGCUGUUGGUGUUCGUGCUGCUCGUUUAGCUUCUUGUCAUAUUGCGGGUGUCUUGACCCAUACUGGUAAGGUUGGUCAUGAUUGUAUUGUGGCUAUUGACGGUUCUCUCUUUGAGUUCUAUCCCAACUUUGGAAACAAUAUGGGCGAUGCUUUAGCUGCUGUCCUUGGUGAGCAGGCUCGUUCCAAGGUCAAGUUUGAUCUUGCUAGAGAUGGUUCUGGACUUGGUGCUGCUAUCAUUGCCAUGAUUGCUGCCAAGAAAUAAAAUGUCACUGCAAGAAAUUACACACACACACAAACACACACAUAAACACACGCACACACACAAAAAAAAAUUCAAACUUGUAAAUAUUAUUGUAUUUUAGAUCUUCUAUCCCCCAUACACACUCCCAAACACAACAUAACACAAAUUAUUAUUUUUUUGCCGCGGGAUUUUUAUUAAUCCGAAUAUCACUAUUUUAUUUUUUGACCCUUAAAAUAAGAACCAAUUAAAUUCUUGAUUAUGUUAUUA